GCAUUGACAUUAGCACUGGCAUUUCAAUAUUUGCUUUCGACGUGCGACCAUCGAAGAACUAUGAAGAGUUUACCCAGCGUAUUUUUAUUAGUAACAGGGCUAGUAUACCUCUUUGUUAUUGGGAACAGUAGAUGUAAUGCGAAAAAUGAUGACGGAACGGAUGUCCAGUUUGUGGGGUUCUUCAGUCCGAUUAAACGAUUUGAAUGUAGAUUCUUACAACGAGGAAAGAUACUCAUACCAUGGUUCCCUAAAUGCAAAGUCGAUCCGUCUGAUGACUCCGAUUCAUUAUCAAGCUCAUCGUACUCAUCGAGUUCAUCGUCAAGUUCGGAAGAAGAAUCACCGGUUGAACCCGAAAGUGAACCGGAAGGAGAACCUGAAGGUGAAUCAGAACCAGAACCAGAAAGUGAACCAGAACCAGAACCAGAAAGUGAACCAGAAGUAGAACCAGAAAGUGAACCGGAAGGGGAAUCUGAAGGUGAACCAGAACCAGAAAGUGAACCAGAAGUAGAACCAGAAAGUGAACCGGAAGGGGAACCUGAAGGUGAACCAGAACCAGAAAGUGAACCAGAAUCAGAAAGUGAACCAGAACCAGAACCAGAAAGUGAACCAGAACCAGAACCAGAAAGUGAACCAGAAGUAGAACCAGAAAGUGAACCGGAAGCGGAACCAGAAUCAGAACCUGAACCUGAGUCGGAGCCUGAACCGGAGCCGGAAAGCGAUGCUGGAUCACUACAAGGAACUGUGCCUUCAUCGUCCUCAUCGAGUUCGUCGUCAUCAAGUUCUUCAUCGUCAAGUUCAGAAGAAGGAACAGCGGUUGAACCAGAGCCCGAACCUGAGUCUGAGACCGAGUCUGAAUCAUCGAGUUCAUCAUCAGGUACAAAAGAAGGAGCAGAAGUUGAACCCGAAGUUGAACCGGAACCCGAGGUCGAACCAGAGCCCGAAUCCGAGCCUAAACCUGAGUCUGAAUCUUCAAGUUCAUCUUCAAGUGCAAAAGGAGAAGGAGACGUUGAACCUGAAGCUGAACCAGAGCCUGAGGUUGAGCCAGAGCCCGAAUCUGAGCCUGAACCCGAGUCUGAAUCGUCAAGUUCAUCUUCACAUGCAAAAGGAGAAGGAGACGUUGAACCUGAUGGUGAACCAGAGCCUGAGGUUGAACCAGAGCCCGAAUCUGAGCCUGAAUCCGAGUCAGAAUCAUCAAGUUCAUCUUCACAUGCAAAAGAAGGAGCAGACGUUGAACCCGAAGUUGAACCGGAGCCUGAGGUUGAACCAGAGCCCGAAUGUGAGCCUGAACCCGAGUCAGAAUCAUCAAGUUCAUCUUCACAUGCAAAAGAAGGAGCAGACGUUGAACCCGAAGUUGAACCGGAGCCUGAGGUCGAACCAGAGCCCGAAUCUGAGCCUGAACCCGAGUCUGAAUCGUCAAGUUCAUCUUCACAUGCAAAAGAAGGAGCAGACGUUGAACCCGAUGUUGAACCGGAGUCUGAACCUGAAUCUGAACCCGAAUCAGAGCCACAACCCGAGUCAGAGCCAGAACCCGAGUCAGAGCCAGAACCCGAGUCAGAGCCAGAACCCGAGUCUGAACCGGAACCAGAGACAGAACCCGAAUCCGAACCUGAGACUAACCCCGAACCCGGAAAUGAGGUGGCAGCAAAGGGUCAUUUUGAAUCCAUAUUUCUCGUCACUGGAAAUAAUCCGAGCGACGAGGUGAUGGUGGACGGCAACUACUGUAUGAUACCUCCUUGUACCACCACAUGGAAAAAGGAUUUCACUGGCAACAGUAACCUAGAAGUAAAGUACGUCGCUCAAUGCGACGGUUUUUACAUGGCGUUCAGCGAAAGUUUUAAACCCUGUGAUGCUGCCGAUCUACCUGAAGAUUCUUGGGACAGAGAAAUAUGGAGAAUAAUCUCUAUAAUACUAGCAGGUGGUCAGGAUGUUUGUCCUAUUGCAGCUGGCAAGAAAAAAUUCGACGAAUCCAAUUUCGAUGGAUUCAACUUCAAAAUUGCAGUCCCGUCCACUUGUCAAAAAUUCUACCUCAACGGCGCACUGCAGUAUGACCAGUUGACUCCGAUCGUACGAUAUACACUGACUAUGACGUUGUCAUAGCCAACGCAACAAUGAUUGGUAAUUACCGUAUAAAUUACAUCAUUUUGCUGUCUUUAUUUCGCUCUUUAAAAUCUAAUUUCAUGCUGCAAUCGGAUUUUCUAAAAUGUUGUAGUAUUCUUUAAGGUGGCGGCAUGAACAUAUUGCAUGCGGUAUCUUACAAAAAUAAUAAACAAAUGGUACUAUAAAGUUAUCGAAUAUAUAUAAAUUGGUUUUUAUUUAAUGCAAUAAAUAGAGCGCAAUUUUCAAA